AAAAACUCUUACUAUUUGUGUUCCGACUGGCUUUGUUGCGUCUAAUAUCCGAGGUUGUACCUUUCACUCCUUAUGUGGCAAAUAUAGAAUACCUUAUAAUAGAUAAGAUUUCUAUGAUAGGACAAAACCUUUUGACUAAAUUUCAUGUAUGUCUUAAAGAAACAAAACAUCCAAAAAAUGAUACCAUACCUUUUGCUAGCUUAAAUAUAGUUUUUGUAGACAAUUUUAUACAACUUCCUCCAGUUCUCGACCUGCCUCUAUAUAAGCCUAAUAAUAUAAACAAAAUGAUAACUUCACAGCUUACAAAUCCUAUUAAUACUCGAACUUUAAUAAAUAUUAAUAGUAGAGUAUUAUGGAAAUCGAUAAAACAUAUAAUCAUUCUUAAAAAACAAAUAUGUCAAAUUAAUGACUUAGAAUAUUUGACAAUGCUAGACAAUUUACGACAUGGUCAUAUGACAUCGUCACAAUGUGAAACUCUCUAUAGUUGUAUAAUAACGGAAAGUGAAAUAAAUUCACCUGAAUGGAAGGAUGCU